AACAAAACAAUAAAUAAUGCAAAUAAAAAGAUUUUAGUAGACGCGAAUCAUAAAUGAUAGUUCUAUUUUUGUUAUUUUUUAUGUAAUAUGCUCAUUGUCAAUUACGAAACGAUUAAAUUUCUGACCUGAAGUGUUACUAUUAGACGGAUGUCUCGAUCGCGGAUUUCUGAUUUAAUUAGUGUACUUAAAGGAUCGCAAAAAGUAACUAAUGAAAUUAUAAAAUAUCAAGAAGAAACAAUCAAAUAUCUUAUUUUAAAUUCUAGUCUACGAGCUUCAGUUAAAAAUUGUUUAAAAUAUGUAGGAAAAAAAAUAAAUAACAUAGAUCCAAGUAAGGUUCCUGAACAAGUGGCAGUUGAAUUAAAAAAUACAUUGGAUCGUUUAAAUGUCGUUGAGAAAGGUAUGACACAGUAUAUCAAAAUUAAAACUAAUAAAGCAUUAAACAUUGCUGAAGAUGAUUAUGAACCUGUAGUACAGAAAACAAAAUUACAUGUUCAUAAUCCAGCGAAAGAUCCCAAAGAAGUGGCUAUUGAUAAAAAUAAUAUGUCAAUAAAAAGUGAUGUAAAACAGACAGUAUCUAAAGAUAAUUUACAAAAUACUUUUAUCGCAAACAAAAAAUAUGCAACUGUUAAAGAAAAGAUAGAGACAAUAACCAAAAUGGACAAUGUUGUACCUAAAAUUGAACUUUCUAAAAAAGAUAAAGAAAUUUUAUACAGAUUAGAGCUAGAACAUGAAAAAGCUGAAAGAAAACAGGUCUCAGAAAAUGUACUUUCUUUUCAAAAUACCAAUGAUGUAACAGAAGUCAAACAAAGUGAUAUACACAUUUCAAAAACUCCAAUGAAACCUUAUAUUAAACCACCUGUAAAACCUAAACAAUCACUUUCAGCAAAUGCAAAAGAACGAACUGUUCCUUCUACGAGACUGCAAAGAAUGAUUAAUUUUGGUACUUUGGGCAUUGGUCUUGGAAUCGGAACAAUGGCAGAAUAUACGCGUAGAUCAUUAGGUUUAAAGGAACAAAGAUUGGGUGAAAGUCUUGAUAAUAUGUUUCUUACUAAAGCCAAUGCGGAAAGAAUUGUUACAACAUUGUGCAAAGUAAGAGGUGCUGCUUUGAAAAUUGGACAAAUAAUGAGUAUCCAAGAUAAUACUAUUAUAAGUCCAGAACUGCAAAAAGUUUUUGAAAGAGUUAGACAAAGCGCCGAUUUUAUGCCAAAAUGGCAAAUCGAGAAAGUACUUGGUUCUGAAUUAGGUCACGAUUGGCGCAAUAAAUUAGCAAAAUUUGAAGAUAAACCAUUCGCCGCAGCAUCUAUUGGUCAAGUACAUCAUGCUACAUUAUUAACUGGAGAAGACGUUGCUAUCAAAAUUCAAUAUCCUGGUGUAGCUGCAGGUAUCCAGAGCGAUAUCGAAAACUUAGUAGGCAUAAUGAAGGUAUGGAAUAUGUUUCCAGAGGGUAUGUUUAUUGACAAUUUAGUUGAAGUAGCAAAACGUGAACUUGCUUGGGAAGUGGAUUAUCUGAGAGAAGCAGAAUGUACAAAAAAAUAUAAGCAGCUUAUGAGUUCUUAUAAUGAUUAUUAUAUACCAAAAGUAAUAGAUGAAUUUUCAACGAAUCAGGUAUUUACAACAGAGUUAGUGGAUGGUAUUCCUGUAGAUAAAUGCGAUGAAAUGGAUCUAGAAACGCGAGAACAUAUAUGUAAACUAAUAAUGCGUUUGUGUUUAAUGGAAUUAUUUGUAUUUCGAUAUAUGCAAACAGAUCCAAAUUGGUCCAAUUUUUUUUAUAAUCCUGAAUCAAAACAGCUCGUAUUGUUGGAUUUUGGAGCAUGUCGAAGUUAUGAGAAAGCAUUCAUGGAUAAGUAUAUAGAAGUUAUAAAUGCGGCUGGUUUGGGAGAUAGAGACAAAGUUUUAAAUUUAUCCAGAGAUAUGGGUUUUUUAACUGGAUAUGAAACUAAGAUUAUGGAAAAUGCUCAUGUGGACACGGUAAUGAUACUGGGACAAAUUUUUAAAAGCGAUCAAGAAUACUUUGAUUUUGGCGGACAAGAUGUUACAAGAAGGAUUCAAAAACUGGUUCCAACAAUAAUAAAUCAUCGACUAUGUCCUCCGCCUGAAGAAAUCUAUAGCUUGCAUAGAAAAUUAUCAGGUAUAUUUCUACUAUGUGCAAAACUUAAUGUUAAAAUGAACUGUCGUGACAUGUUUCGCGAAGUAUAUAAUAAUUAUCAAUUUGGAUAAUAUUAUUCAAAUGAAAGAAUUAAUAAGAGAAAUGAUA